AUUCAACCGCACAACGCCCGCCUCUAUACAAUGAUCUCUUGGUGUUGUGGCUGUAUGGAGAUCGACAGGCGCAGACGGACACGAGAAACAUGACGCUUCCUGUGUAGAUCGCCACGCGCGGCAUUCGGCUAUAAUGGUCUGCGGGUGGCGUCAAUUUGUCGCUGUCGUCGCUGUAACCACAUCAAAUAUGGUUCUGCGAAAUGACAAUGAUAAGUGGAGACUUUGAGAAGUUAGGGCUCUGUUUGGGGGAAAUAUCAAAAAUGUAUUUAAAUUAAUUUUUUAAAUCUGGGAAUUCUUGGGUUUUGAGAAACAAGUGAAAUUAUUUCGAAAUAAAUACCCGGUAAUUCCUUGCUUAUUUAUCUUUUGCAAGAAUUUUUUGAAAGUAGACACUCAUUUGCGUCCAAAGAGCUGGAAUUUAAAGAAAUUUUCAUCCAGAACUUCACUCUAUACGAACUUACAGCCAUGAUGUGUGUAUAACUAUAUACCUUUAAAAAUAUUGAUAUGAAUUAUUUUUCAGAUGGAGAGUAUCGCCCUCACCGUUGUUGUAUUAUCAGUAUAGGUGCAGUCAGAGGUGGGCAUUGGGGUCAGUGUUAUAGAGAGGGCGCUGGAUAGCCGCUUCAAAAUAGCACCUUCAGCAGCUUUUGAGCACAACCGCGCAAGAUGCUAUUAUAACAGUUUAACUACAGGUUCAAUAUUUAUUUCAUUGGUCCAAAUGUAUCAUACAAUAUCCUGUUAAAAAAUUAUGACAGACUCAAUUCAAAUUUUGAAAGUGAUUUGGAAAGAACUUUGUGGGCGGAAAGAUUGUUAUAACUAAUCCUUAAAUCGGUAUAAAUUUUCCGUAUCUCUUUUACAUUUUUUGAUCAAGACUUGGAACUAAUUAAAAUGUUGUUGUUAUUUUUUUUCCCCUUUGGUUGGUAUAUUUUUAAACGUCUAUAUUGAUUUGCCCGAAAUUUUGUAUGAAAAUUUAGAAUUUUGGUUAAUAACAAUUUCUUUUUAUCUAUAAUCUCUACUUUUUGAAGUGUCAUCUUAAAUAAAUUUUGAUGCAAGAUUUUGUAACCUUUGAGCAAUUUGAAAUAUUGACAAUGCUCCUAGUAUGUUCUAAAAUUCUAUAUGGUGAUAUUUUUCGUAUUUUAAGUGCAAAAAUGUCAUAUAUCAUUUUUAAUCUACCAGCAUUAAAUGUUUUAAAUCGAUGUUAAUAGAAUACACGAACUGUAUUAAUUUGAUGUAAUGACUGAUUUAUACUCCAUAUGUUUUGCUGACACCAACGGACCAAACUGCAGCGUAGAUUAUACGAAUAAAUCGUGCACAUCCAUUUAUCCACAAUGGGACAAGCUCUACAGAGAGCAGCACAGUGGACCUCAGCCAAAGGAGGUUCUGGGGGGAAACUAGAAUUUACUAAACUGAAUGAAGAGUUGCUUAACUCCAUCAUACAGUAUGUUGAUGGCUUCAGUGCCAAAUAUGCUGAAGAAUCUAAGCUGGUUUUCAAAAAGCCGUUGAUUUGGCCAACAACAGUCAGUCCAGAUGCAAUCAAUAUACCUGGUUUAGAGGACAGAGGAGGAGACAAAAUAUCUGAAGCCAAAGCUGAUAAAGAUAUUCCCCUAUUUUCCAUCAAGAGGGAUGGCUCAGACUUUGAAUGCAGUGCCAUGACUAUGGAUUAUUGUGAACAAGUUCUGCGAGCAUCAGGAGACAAAAAAAUGAGUGAAAUUAGAGCUUGCUUGGAAGCAAACCGUGAUCCUGUGGCCAACAUGCUCGGGGAACGCUUUGCUACAGUGGAGGGGGAUGACAACUCCAUUUUUAGAUUCAUUGAAGAAAUCACCAAGGAAAUUGAGCAGCUAGCCAAACAGCAUGCUGAAAAUGAAGGCAACACAGAAAAACAAGAGGAAAUUGAAGAAAAGAAACUUGUCUUGAAAAUGAGAUUGAUUCUUUUAAGAUUAGACCAACAACUAUUGAAUCAAAGCAUUGCACAGAUAACAAAAGAUGUUCGUCUGAACCCGGUAAUGGUAGAUGGAGAGGUUACCAUCCUACAGGACCUAUCAGGAGAUGAUGAGAGAAAGCAUGUGUUAGAGCUCAUUGACUUCUGGGGUGAUGGCUAUGUGUUUAAAAAUGGCUGUCGUGCUCCCCCUCAGCGUCAGUUGCAUGGAGACAUUGCUUAUAUUGAAGUUCGACCAUUUGAUGGCAACAUGUUGUACAUCACUGCCAACACAAGUGGUUACUAUGUGAAUAAGGGUCCAGACAAUCGCGGUGACAUGAACUAUGAGAGGGAAGGCGACGCCUACAGGGAACUGGUUACAUUGCUCAAAGACAAAAGUCCCCAUUUUACGGAAAUGAUUGACAAGCAGGAAUUCCAGCUCAAAGUUCAGGAAAAGGAUGAUUACAUGGAUGCCAGGAGAGUGGAGGAGGAUGAGGACGAUGGAGAGAGCACAGCUGGCUACCGUCCGGACAGAUUCAAGCAGAAGGCAGAGGAGGACUCCAAAGACAAAGGACAGAAGCAGAAGUCACAGAAAAAGAAGAAGCUGGAGCCGUCCCUCAAAUGGAAGGCUCUGGGAAUGGAGGAAUACCAAGAACCAGAUAAACGAGAUGCAAAAAUAUUGAAAAAAAAGAAGGCCUCACCCAGGAUGAAGUCCAAGACACCUGUUGAGGCUGAGGACUCAUUUAGUGAGAGUUCCACUGAGAGUGAGGAGGAGGAGGAGGCUGUAGAAAGGAGGAGCGAGACAAAUGCUGACCUUCCAUCAGAGUACUGGCAGAUUCAGAAACUGGUCAAGUACCUCAAGGGUGGAAACCAAACUGCAACCAUCAUUGCUUUGUGUUCAAUGAGAGACUUUAAUUUAGCUCAAGAGACUUGUCAGCUUGCCAUCAGGGAUGUAGGGGGUCUGGAAGUCUUAAUCAAUUUGUUGGACACUGAGGAAGUUAAAUGCAAGAUUGGGUCACUUAAAAUCUUGAAGGAAAUCUCUAGAAAUACUCAGAUCCGUCGAGCCAUUGCUGACCUUGGGGGCCUGCAGACCAUGGUCAAGAUCUUGCGUGACCCCGACAAGGAUCUCAAAUGUCUAGCUGCAGAAACCAUUGCCAAUGUGGCCAAAUUCAGAAGAGCUAGACGAACUGUGAGACAACAUGGUGGCAUCAGAAAACUGGUUGGUCUUCUUGACUGUCCCAUUGUGUCGGCCACUAAUCCCGAGGCUGACAAGGAUGCUGAAGUCGCGCGGAGUGGGGCCCUGGCUCUGUGGAGCUGCAGCAAAAGCAAGAAAAACAAGGAAGCCAUGAGGAAGGCUGGCGCUAUUCCUCUCCUGGCCAAACUUCUGAAAUCUCCCAAUGAAAACAUGCUCAUUCCAGUUGUGGGGACCCUUCAGGAAUGUGCUUCUGAGCCUAGCUACAGACUAGCGAUCAGAACAGAGGGAAUGAUUGAGGAUCUAGUGAAGAACCUUAAAAGUCAAAACGAUGAACUGCAAAUGCAUUGUGCAUCAGCAAUAUUCAAGUGUGCAGAAGAGAAAGAAACACGAGACUUAGUCAGGCAAUAUGGAGGUCUGGACCCUCUAGUGAGCUUGCUGCAGAAGAUAGAAAACAAAGAACUGUUGGCAGCAGCCACUGGAGCUAUCUGGAAAUGUGCCAUCAGUCCAGAAAAUGUCACCCGAUUCCAGGAGCUGCGGGCAAUCGAGCAACUUGUUGGGCUUCUCAAUGACCAGCCAGAGGAGGUACUGGUAAAUGUGGUUGGAGGUCUUGGAGAAUUGGCCAAGGAUCCCCCAAACAGACUAUUGAUCAGGAAAGCCGGAGGAAUCCCUCCACUGGUCAAUUUACUGACCGGCACAAAUCAGGCCCUCCUUGUCAAUGUUACACGAGCUGUGGGGCAGUGCGCAGAAGAGCAGGACAAUAUGGCGAUCAUAGACAAAUUAGAUGGAGUCAGAUUGCUGUGGUCCCUGCUCAAAAACCAGAAUCCCGAUGUCCAGGCUAGUGCUGCAUGGGCUAUAUGUCCAUGUAUUGAAAAUGCAAAGGAUGCAGGUGAGAUGGUGCGAUCAUUUGUUGGUGGUUUAGAACUGAUUGUAAGUUUGCUGAAGUCAGAACAUCGAGAGGUUUUGGCCAGUGUGUGUGCAGCUAUAGCAAAUAUUGCCAAAGAUGAAGAAAAUUUAGCAGUCAUUACGGACCACGGUGUUGUGCCUAUGUUAGCAAGAUUGACAAAUACAUAUGCUUGGAAGGGUGGUAGAUUUCAGAGUAAGGUUGAUGAUAAGCUGAGAAGACAUUUAGCUGAGGCAAUAGCCAGGUGUUGUAACUGGGGAAACAACAGGACUGCCUUUGGACGGGAAGGCGCCGUAGCACCACUAGUGAAAUAUCUCCGAUCACAAGACGAAAACGUUCAUAGGUCAACUGCCCGAGCAUUAUACCAACUCUCAAAGAAUCCCGAAAACUGUAUCACAAUGCAUGAAGCUGGUGUUGUUCAGCCUCUCAUGAAAAUGGUGGGUUCACUCGAUGAAGAUCUCCAAGAGGCCUCUGCUGGCUGUAUAGGAAACAUCAGAAGACUCGCUUUAGCCAAUGAGAAAGCCAGAUAUUCUUAAGACCUGACUGACAUAACAAAUUCCAUCUUUGAGCUGCCAUUGUUCAACUAAUGAAGAUGAACUUUUUGCAUAGUCUGUGAUAUAAAUGGCAUUUUCUUUGUUAUGCAUGGAUCAUUGAGUGAAAUUACUACAAUGUACAACUAUAAAUUGCAUGCUGUUUUAAAAAUACAGUGCUCGUAGACCACAUUUAUCCAUUAAGUGAUGUGUUAUUUAGAAGUGAAUUGGUAGUUUUUAUAAACCAUGCAUUAUGGGGAAUCUAUCUAAAAUAUUGUAACUUAUUGACUAUAAAUAUUCCAAGAUUUAUAUUUGUUUUGUUAUGACCAAAAUAUUGAAAUGAAUAUAAUAAAUUGUACCAACCAUAA